AUGGCUGAUCAGCAAACUGAACGUGCAUUCCGCAAACAACAUGCGGUGGCCACUGUGCGGCGCAAGAGUAUUAAUCUCAAGAAGCGGCCACGUUUCUACCGCCAAAUUGGCUUGGGCUUUAAGGCUCCAGCUGAGUUCCUGCCUGCCACCCGCCCACGAUACGCUCCCACUUCCACUAACCAGAACGAGCGCGCCUUCCAAAAACAAUUUGGUGUGAACCUAAACCGCAAGGUGAAGCCUGGCGUCACCAAGAAGAAGAUCCUCCGCCGUUAUCGUGAUGUCGGUCUGGGCUUCAAGACCCCUCGUGAGGCCAUCGAUGGUACCUACAUUGACAAGAAGUGCCCCUGGACUGGCGAUGUUCGUAUUCGUGGUCGCAUCCUGAUCGGUGUUGUCCGCAAGACGAAAAUGCAGCGUACCAUUGUCAUUCGUCGUGACUACUUGCACUUUGUGCGCAAAUAUAGUCGUUUCGAGAAGCGUCACCGCAACAUGAGCGUCCACUGCUCGCCCGCUUUCAGAGAUGUUGAGCACGGCGACAUUGUCACCAUUGGCGAGUGCCGUCCCCUCUCAAAGACUGUGCGCUUCAAUGUACUGAAAGUCAACAAGGGUCAGGGCGCCAAGAAGAGCUUCAAGAAGUUUUAAAUGAGGACACCAGCGGAAAAGAUAAUAUUUGUAGAAUUUAUUCUUUUUGAAUAAAACAAAAAUUUAACUUUAA